GUUAUGAAACACAUUCAUAAUGAAUUGCUAAAAGAGGCUAUAGGGUUUGAUAUGGUGAUCUGGGUUACAGUCUCACAUCCACUUAAUGUUAUAAAAUUACAAGGUGACAUUGCUAAUAAAAUCAACAAAAGUCUUCCAAAUGGGGAUGAACUGAGUCGGGCUCGGGCAUCAAGAUUGAUGAAUUUUAUGAAAACAGUGAAAUAUGCAUUGAUCUUAGAUGAUGUGUGGGAUAAGUUCACUCUUCACAGUGUUGGAAUUCCAGAACCAACAACAGAAAAUGGCUGCAAAAUAGUCAUUACUAGCAGAUCGGUGGAUGUAUGUAAUUACAUGGGUUGUCAUAUAGUUAAAAUGUCACCUCUUUCAGAGCAGGAGUCUUUGAACUUGUUCUUGGAUACGGUGGGGCGAGAUGUUCAACAAAUUCCUAGUGUAGAAGGGAUUUUGAAGCUUAUAGUGGACGAGUGUGAUGGUUUGCCACUCGCCAUUGUUGUAAUUGCCGAAAGCAUGAAAGGUGUGAAAGAUAUCCAUGAGUGGAAGAAUGCGUUAAGGGAAUUACGCAGAUGUGUAGCUGGUCCGAUUGAAGAUAAGGAAUAUGAGAUAUUUAAUCGUUUGAAGUUCAGUUAUGACCGUCUGCCAAAUCCAAACAUCCAAAACUGUUUCUUGUAUUGUUCAUUGUACCCUGAAGAUUUUGAAAUUAGUAGAGCAGAUCUGAUUGAACAUUGGAUUUGCGAGGGAUUUAUUGAAGAAUUGGGGAGUAGACGAGAAAUGCAUGAUAGAGGACAUACUAUUUUAAAUAGGCUUCAAAACAAUUGUCUGUUAGAGGAAGCCAAUGAGAAGGGAUAUGUUAAGAUGCAUGAUGUUGUGAGGGACAUGGCAAUACUUAUCAAGGGUAACGGUCCUCGUAGGUUUAUAGUAAAGACUGGGGUGGGAUUGAUAGAGAUACCAGGCGAGGAUGAAUGGACUCAAGAUCUGGAGAUGGUUUCCCUCAUGAGAAAUAACAUAUCACAUAUUCCUGUAAAUUUGUCCCCAAAAUGCCUGAUGCUCUCAACCUUGAUUUUGAAGGGCAACAGAAGAUUGACACAAAUUCCAGAGUGUUUUUUUGCAAACAUGAUCCGGCUCAAGUUUCUUGAUCUUUCUUCUACGAGUUUAAAGGCUCUACCUAAUUCCAUGUGUAACUUGGAAAGCCUUACUGCAUUGAUCCUUUGUGAAUGUUUCAAUUUAGUACACAUGCCUUCCUUGGAAAAGCUCAAGACACUGAAGAAGUUGGAUCUGCGAGGUACAGGUCUUCUCGUGGUCCCGAAAGGCAUUGAAAUGUUGGUGAAUCUACAGUAUCUUGAUUUAUCUUGUCAACACUUGGGGGAGCUGCCCAAAGGAAUGAUCAGCAACCUCUCUCGCCUGCAGUACCUGGGUAGAGAUUGGCUUUCAACUGAAGAAACAAUAAGAGGGGAAGAAGUAGCCGGAUUGAAAAUGCUGGAAAGUUUUGAAGCUGGUUUUCAUGAUCUAAAAAGCUUCAACAGUUAUGUAAAGUCAAAACAUUUUGUAAGACUCCGUCAUUAUGUGCUUGCAGUGGGACCUCGCACUAACGUGCAUUUUCCAAAAUACCCAUUGAAAAGGGUAAUUUUAAACGGAUUCUUCACAGCAGAUGAUAGCUGGGUGCUUCCAGAUGACAUUCAGGAUUUAGUAAUUUGUAAUUACAUUGUGGAAAUGGAUAAAACACUAAAAAUGCGUGCGGGUUCGGCAGAGAAGAAUUUGUCUCUAUGUAAGUUUCUGCAGAACUUAGAGGAGGUUUACAUCUCCUCUUGCAGUUUCGAGGAUAUAAUAGGAUGGGAAGAAGAGGAAGAGGAAGGAAAUCAAUUAAGGGUUGCAUUGACUCUUCUAAAAUUUAGCAAACUUUGUAUAGAAGAUUCAAAAGUGAAAAGGUUGUUUCUAGGUAGGUUGUUGCAAGGCCACCAAGAGGUUUACAUCUCUGAUUGCAUUAUCGAGGAAAUAAUAGCAUGGAAAGAAGAGGAAGAAGAAGGGGAAGGAAAUCAAAUAAGUGCUGCAUUGACUCUUCCAAGAUUUAGGAAACUUUGCAUAGAAGAUUCAAAAGUGAAAAGGUUGUUUCUAGGUAAGCUGCUGCAGGGCCACCAAGAGAUUCACAUCUCUGAAUGCUCUAUUGAGGAAGUAAUAGCAUGGAAAGAAGAGGGAGCGGAGGAGGAAGGAAAUCAAGUGGGUGCUGCAUCGACUCUUCCAAGAUUUAGGAAACUGUGUAUAGAUGAUUCAAAAGUGAAAAGGUUGUUUCUAGGUAAGCUUCUGCAGGGCCACCAAGAGAUUCACAUUUCUGAUUGUUCUAUUGAUGAAAUAACAGCAUGGAAAGAAGAGGAAGAGGAAGGAAGUCAAAUAAGUGCUGCUUUGACUCUUCCAAGAUUGAUCAAAUUAUGUAUAGAAGAUUCAAAAGUGAAAAGGUUGUUUCUAGGUAAGUUGCAGGGCCACCAAGAGAUUCACAUCUCUGAAUGCACCAUGGAGGAAAUAAUAGCAUGGAAAGAAGAGGAAGAGGAAAAGGAAGGAAAUCAAACAACUACUGCAUUUACCCCUCCAAGAUUUAGGAAACUUUUUAUGGAAGAUUCAAAAGUGAAGAAGGUUGUUUAUAGUGAACUGGCCUUGAAGAUAUUUACAGUUUUUUCUGGCUCCAAAGAUGUCCACAGUUCAAAACCCAAGAUUCCUUCGUAUCAGGUGAGAGUUAAUGCAGGAAAUAUGAAUCUUGCAACAGUGGGGACACAGAUGGCAGAGUGCAUAUCAUUGGUUCACGGAACUGCGUUCAACACCUUCCCAUUUCUUCUUGGGGAUCCUGGAACCAUCACCAUCAGAACAGAGCUGGGGCUGAAGGAUUUUGUUGGAAUUAUUGCUAGAAACGUGGCAAUCAAAUCUGCAGAAAUGAAGAAAUGAAACUGCCAUGAAAUGGCAGCAAUGAGGCUGAAAAUUGACAGCAAAUGAAGCUGCAAUUUUCAGCAAAUAUGGCAGCAAUUUAGCUGCAAAUAUGGUGAAAAUGAAGCUGUAAAAUGACAGCAACAAUGUGCAGCAAGCUGAGCUGCAAUGUUGAUGAAAUGAGGCUGCAACGGGCAGCAAAUGCAAACAGCAAAUGAAAUGCACAUGAAAUGCAAAUGCAAACUCAAAUGCAAAUUAAAUGAAAGCUGCAAAGUUUAAGUGGCUGAAGAGUAACAGCAAGCAUGCGGGAAAAGUGGCUGUUAUUGUUCAAAUUUAAAAUGUACUUUAUUGUUUUUUAAUGUAGAAAGUUGUUUGAAUUUUGAAUUAAGAUUGUAUUCUCCUAUAUAGAGGAGAGUUUAUUAAUGAGAAAAGGUGAGUUGAAGUCAUAUACUUCUCUCCAUUUCAGCUUAUGCUCUGUUUUUCAUCUUCCUCUCGGUUCUCUCCAUUUCUUUGUUUUAAGAAACCAACAGAUUUAUCAUGGUAUUGGUAACUAGAUGGCUGGUUUUAGCAUGUACCUUAUAAAUUGCAGCAACUAUGGAGCUUAUGUCAUGGUCUCCUUCCUCUUGGAUUGAGACUAUCUUGCCAUUUGUACCCAAAGUUUGGGAAUGGAGUUGAUCCCCAACAGCAAUUACCCUCAUAGGAACGUCAUCAAGAAAAUCACUCUCACCAUCAAUACCAUGCAGUGGAGCCAGGAGCCUGCAGCAUGUUCAUCAUCAAAACAACUUUCCAGUGCUUCACAGGGUAUUUUGGCUUAUCCUCCUUGCUGAUGCUGUUGGAAUUCCAUUCCCUAUAAUUUACUAAUAAGCCAUACCCUCGAGUGUCUUGUAUCUAUAAUUAAGGCUUAGUACUGUGUCGAUUUCAAACAUUGAAAUCCAAGAGGAAGUACAAAUUUGGAUCAAACAAUUCGUGAUUUGAUUUGGUUCAGCAAGCCAAGCAGGUUGGCGUUAUUUUUACC